AUGGCAUCAGCACCACCACCCCCACCACCCCCACCACCCCCAUCACCCCCACCACCCCCACCACCGCCAGCUCCGUUUAAAUCACUUGAGCCGGUUUCAAAAACAAAUGAUUCAAGAAUGAAAAAAAUCAAUUGGAAUAAGAUUAUUCCACAUAAUCUACCAAAAGAUUGCAUUUGGAAUAAACAUGAAGAUGAUGAUGAGCAACCGGCGAAAGAUUUACUUGAUGUAGUGGCAAAAAAAUUUUCAUUACAGCCCGGAAAAAAUACAUUCAAGACAUGUGCUGUAAAACCCUUACGAGUAAUAGAUACUCGUAAUGCACAAAAUCUUCUGAUUUUGCUUCGUGUUCAAUACAAAAAUACGUCACAUGAUCAAAUCAAAAAGUAUAUUUUGGAUUGCAACGAUUCCAUGCUAAAAGUUGAUUUCAUUGAGGCUCUGAUGAAAUGUUGGCCGCAGCCCUAUCAAAUAAACCAACUCAUUGAUUUGAACAAGACAAAUAUUGAGCUUGCUGAACCGGAAAAUUUUCUUGUUGAUCUGUCCGACAUUGAACGACUUCUACCUCGUUUACAGUGUAUAAAAUUCAAAAUAAAUUACAACGAUAUGGUAACGGAUCUCAAACCAAAUAUCGAAGUUGGCAUUGCCGCCUGUAAGCAACUCACUACAUCUCAAAAGUUUCGUAAGAUCUUGAUACUAAUCAGAUCGAUUGGAAACAUUAUGAAUUCCGGUUCGACCUAUGGAGAGGCAGUUGCCUUUGAGUUACCAAUACUAACCAAAUUGAAUACAAUUAAGUGUUCAGACAACAAACAAACGCUUCUACAUUUUGUAGUAGAAACUGUCGAAAACAGACAACCGGAAUUGUUGGUCUUUGGUGAUGAGCUCAAUUAUGUCAAUGAAGCUGCCCGUCUUGAUCUUGACCACAUUGAAGAUGUGAUAAACAAAAUUGCAACUGAAGCCGAUAUUCUCAAAAAAGAACUGGCACGAAACAGCGUUUCUCAACUAAUUGAUGAUAAAUUUAUCGAAACAAUGACUCCCUUUAUGUCAGAAUGCAGCGCACAUCUAGAGCUAUUGAAAGGAAUGACAAUUGACAUGCAAGCCGGUUAUAUGAACGUUGCGGAUUAUUUUGGAUUCAAGAUAAAGGAAUAUGGCAUGAACAUGAGCAUGAAAGAAUGUUUUUCAACAAUAACAACAUUCCACGAUUUAUUUAUGAAAGCACAGACAGAAAUGUCUAAGACACAAAAAGUAAAUGAAGCAACCGAACAUACAGAAAAUUUGAAAUCAAUCGAAGUAGCCGGUCAACAGCAACAAAAUAUAACGCCGGUAAAUCCAAGUGCGUCAGAAGUCCAACUUACAAUGGAAAACAACAGUACUCGUGAAUGCAAGAUUGAGCUUGUAAGAAUCACAGAAGAAGAAAUUCUGGCUGCAACCAAACCACGCCAAAUCAUGAAAACCAAUGAUACAGCACCACGUCGAAGCUUCCGGCUCAUGAAGAAAAAUGAGGAAAAACAAUAA